UAAUUUUUUAAGAUAUUUUUUAUUAUUUAGAUAAAGUAAUACAAUAUGGGUUGUUUUGCACUUUCAAGUGAACCAGUCAUAUUUUUAUAUACAACUAUUUUUACAAUCAAUUACUCUAUACUACCUCAGCUUGUUGUUCACAAAUUGUGUCUACAAAUUUUCAAUAAAACAGAAUGUGAAAAACCAGAAACUUAUCCAGUGACAAUUCAAAAGGAAGCCUCGACUUGGUGGUUUUAUAUGCUAACAUGUUCAUUAGUGCCUUCCGUUUUAACCGUGCUUGUAUGGGGUCCAUUAACCGAUAUAAUUGGUAGACGAUAUGCUAUGUUGGCAGUACCUUUUAUUAAUGCUAUGCGUUCAAUCAUAUAUCUUAUAAACGCUUACUUUUUGCAUGCUCAUGUUGGGUAUUUACUAUUUGGUUCAUUUUUGUCUUGUUUUUAUGGUGAAUUUCAAGGUGUCGUAGCUCUUUGCUAUGCUUAUAUGGCUGAUAUUACUCAAGAUAAUCUUGAUAAUAGAACAAUGCGAAUGGCCUUUCUUGAGAGCAGUUUGUUUUUUGCCGGUGUACCUUCAGGCUUAUUAGCUGGGUAUCUACUACAAGAAAUUGGGUACGUUCCAGUGUUUAUAUUAACAUUGAUUGUUAACCUAAUAAUGUUUUUCUAUGUGUUUUGUUUCUUGCCGGAUAAAAAAUCGCUUAACUCUGUAGGUAAUAAAUCUACGGAAGUAGCUACAGAACAAUUUCUCAACUGUGUCGGAAAAAUUGAAAAAAAAAAAAUUGCUUUACUUAAUCCUAUCAAGCAUAUCAAAAAAGUAAUAAUGGUAAUAACGUCACGAGAAAAUCGAUUGAUUAUUUUGCCGUUAAUAUUAGCUUUUGGUGUUACCGUUUGUUCAUUGUUUGGUGAACUUAUUGUUCAGACCCUGUAUUUACAAAACGAGCCAUUUAACAUGUCGCCUAAACUAUUAGGGUAUUAUUCUGCGGCUCAAUCUACUGUGCGUGGUAUUGGUAUUAUUUUUGUUACCCAGCUCUCUUAUCGGUUGUUGAAGUUAAACGACUACACUCUUAUAUUCAUUGGUCUACUUAGUCUUACUACAUGUUACUUGUUAAUUGGUCUGGCUAGGUCGGUUGAAGCUGUUUUUUUGGUAAAUAUAGUUGGUUUUGCUAUUCCUACAACCACGUCCGCUCUCAGAUCAGUUGUGACAAAGCAAGUUUCUUAUGAAAAUUAUGGUGCUGUGCUUUCCUCUAUGGAAGCAUUUGAAGCUAUUGCUUCUGUAGCAGCUAAUGGUAUUUCAUUAUGGACUUAUAACUUGACCUUGGACGUCUAUUCAGGAGUUGUUUUUUAUGGUCUCAGCGGAAUCACUUUAAUUGCUUUUGUCUUUGUUAUGUUAGCCUGUUGUUGUUCUCGUUCCAUAGAUAUUGUUGAAAUUAAAUAACUUGUCUGUCUUGGCAUUUUAUAGAUAUUUUAAAUUAUUUUAUAGCUAGUUUUACAUUUUAAUAUUUGAAAUUACAAACUCAAAUUCUAUUUUUAAUUAUAAAUAAAUAUUAUAUUUUGCAUAACAGAUUAUAUAGAUGUAUGAAUAUUUUAAUACGCAAUGGUUGUACACAUAAUAUAUGAAAAGCUGUGAUUAUACAUUUGAUAAUAUAAACUUAAUUCUUCGUUUGUUAAA